AUGGGAGAAGUGGAGCUUUCUGAGUGGAUUAAGCUCCUUGAAGCAGUUAUAUCUGAAGAUGAGAGCCAAAGAAAUGAAUCACAUCAGAAUAUUAUGGAUUUACUACAAAAUCAGCCGAUUCAAUUUUUAACUUUAUGUAUUAGUACGAUUUUUUCUGAUAAUAUCUCUCCAACCGCUACAUUCCAGGCUUUCAAUGCUACAAAUCGAUAUUUAAAGUUCUGCGAGCAGCAAAAUCUUCCAUUUUUAACAUUAAAUUUAGAACUGCGAACAAAUUUAAUAACAGCAGCAUUACGAGGUUUAUUAUACGCAGAUUAUCCAUAUAUUCAAGAAGCAGCUGCUCUUACAAUUGGAUUAUUUUGUAAUUGUUCAAAAUCUUACGAAGAAUAUCUUUCAAGCCUUCUAACCUUGUACACUGAGCAUAAAUCGGAUGUUCAUGAUAUUGUUGUGAGUAUUUCUACAGCCUGUCAAAACGUAAUUGAAAUUUGCAAUUUAUUUAACAAACAAACGAAGUCUCAAAUCCCACAAAGCUUAAUAACCGAAAUGAUCGCAUAUCUACAAGAAACUCAAGAUUUAGGAAACGCAAUUAAAAUAAUUAAAUCUUUUGAUUGUUUUCUCAAGUAUUACAAAGAAUUUCCAGGUGAUAAUGAGAAAAUAAAUGAUGUGUGCAAGGUGUACGCAACUCUUCUUCGUUUUGAAAGCGAAGAAAUCAUAAAUUAUUGCGCAGAAAAUCUUUCCAUUAUUUUUGAUGUUUCAUAUGAUUCUUCACAUGUCUACACUGAUUCUCUCUUCUAUUUCAUUGAUGAAUCAUUCAAAAUUCCAGAUUGUACGAUUCCUAUUUUGAGAUUGAUGAAUGAGAUGAUUUCAAAGGAAAAGAACUCCGAUAAAGUCCUUCAACAAAGUAUUUCACAACUUAUUUUUGAAAAAGAACAUGAAAAAUUUGAAGAAAUUUUAUUUUCAAUUUCAAAUCAAGAACAAGAUUCAAUUGAUGAUGAAUAUCCUCAAUAUUAUGUCACAAUAAUUCUUAGUGAGAUGAUGUUUGUUAAUCAGGAGUUCGUUUUUUCUUAUAUUAAUCAAAUUUUUGAAAAUUGUUUCCAAACUGAAGAAUAUAACAAGAUAUAUGCAUCUAUAUUAUGUUUGUAUUCAUUUGUUAAUCAUCAUUCCUCUGCUUGUUAUGAUUUUGUCAUUGAUUCAAUCAAGAAAAUUCUUCAAUCACCAAAUAUUUACAAUUUCAUUGGUACAACAAUACUAACAUAUGAUUUUAUUGCUAAUAUGUUGAUUGAAUUCCCUGAUUUAAUCUAUGUUGCUGAUGAUGACGGUGAAUUUGCUUUUUUAAUUUUGGAUUUUGUUGUAAAAUCACUUGAAACUCCUUCAAACAUUAUUAAAUCAUCAGUGAAUGUUGCAAAGAAUAUGUGUAUCCAGCUAAAAGCAAAGAUUCACACUGAAAAUUCCUUGAAAUUGUUUUCAAUUUUGUCAGAUUUCUACAGAAACUUAUGGGAAAAGCCGGAAAUAUAUAAUCCUGAACUUUGUGAUAACUUCUUCGCUUCUUUAGGUGAGUUUUUGUUCACAACUCCUGAAAAUGAAAUAGUUUUAACGAUUAUUCCACUUCUUUCUUCGACUUUAACCGAAAUUCUUGAGAAAAUUAGUCAGAGUUCCGAUAAUGAGUCACUUCCCUUCAUUUCUAGAGCAAUUUUUGAGUGUUUGACGAAAGGAAUUCAGAGAUAUGUCGAAAGAGCGAUAGAUAUAAAGAAUCCAGAGAGCCAACAUUUGUAUUACAACCUUGUAGAUCUUGCUUUGAAUGCUAUUAAGUACAAAGAAUACAUUUUUUAUGCGAAUGCGAUUGAAUUUUUGGUAAAACUCAGCGCGAUAUACAUGAAUGAUGAUCAUAUGGCUGUAAUUAUGAAUGAUUUAUUACCUAGUAUCACGGAAGGUAACCAAAGUAGCUUUACUUACGCUUGUUACGUUUUUCAAUAUCUUUCUACGAAUUUGAAGUCAAAGAUGGACAAAUACGUUGAGCAGAUCUGUUCGUCCAUCCUUGAAACUCUCUAUAACUGGAGAGAUAACUUCGAUUCCAAUAGUUUUGGCUUUGGAUUAUUUGCUAUCGGGACAUGUAUGAUAAAUAGCCCUCAAAAACUACAAGGAAUCAUUGAAAAUCUUGUAACAGCGUUGGAAUUCUUUAUUAGCAGAACUCCUGGAAACGAAGAAGAUAUAAUUGACAUUGAAAACUUUUACAAAGGAUUUAUUGUUGCAGAAACAGGUUUGUUGACUGUUUCUAAGACAAUUAUUGCUGAUGAUAUUCCUCCAAUUAAUGUUUAUUCACGUUUGAAAAUGAAAAUUUCAAUAAUGUAUCAGUCAAAGAUGCUGCAAAUGAUUCCAAUGGGUAGUAUAUACUCAUACUUUGUUGAUUUAUUAGAUGCAACUAAUGAAUUCAUAUCGAAUCAUAGAAAAUACUUAAGAUUAGCUAAAUUCUUCCACAGAAACGAAGUUUAUGCACUGAAUGAGUUCAUAAAUAAUAUUGAGGACUCAGCUGACUUAUCAAAGGCUAAAUGGCAAAAAUUGGAAAAAUCUUUAGAGUUAUAA